UGGGCCCAGGACGAAGAGGCUCCUCUGACCUGGCCCUGCCCUCGGGGGUGGGGUGUUUACUGCUGGGUUGGCCCAAACUGUGAGUCUUCCUGGGGGUGGUGACCUGGCAGGAGCGAAGCAUCAGCCACUUCCUCCAGGCAGUCGGAGAUGAACGUUGACAGGUCUGGUGGUGGAUCGGGGUCUGCUGAAGCCUGUCUUGCCCAGGAAACUGAAGACUCUCCGCUUUUGCCACAGCAGUUCCUGUAGCUGCCUUGCGGUGAGCCCAGGGCAGGAACCUCCCACAGCCCCGGGGAUCACCUGGACCUGCAGCCACUCUUUGGGCCUCUGUUUUCCUCUUCAUACCCUGGUUCCUUUGCCCCCCUCAACAGACUGCCUGGAGACCUUCCCUACCUCCUCCAAGCCCAGAGGGGAAGCCAGGUGUGAACCCACAUCCCUGCCCCCAGGGCCACCUGCAGGACGCCGACACCUACCCCUCAGCAGACGCAGGAGAGAAAUGAGUAGCAACAAAGAACAGCGGUCAGCAGUGUUCGUGAUCCUGUUUGCUCUCAUCACCAUCCUCAUCCUCUACAGCUCAAACAGUGCCAAUGAGGUCUUCCAUUACGGCUCCCUGCGGGGCCGCAGCCGCCGGCCUGUCAACCUCAAGAAGUGGAGCAUCACUGACGGCUAUGUCCCCAUUCUCGGCAACAAGACGCUGCCCUCUCGGUGCCACCAAUGUGUGAUUGUCAGCAGCUCCAGCCACUUGCUGGGCACCAAGCUGGGCCCUGAGAUUGAGAGGGCUGAGUGUACAAUCCGCAUGAAUGACGCGCCCACCACGGGCUACUCAGCCGAUGUGGGCAACAAGACCACGUACCGCGUAGUGGCCCAUUCCAGUGUGUUCCGCGUGCUGCGAAGGCCCCAGGAGUUCGUCAACAGGACCCCUGAAACCGUGUUCAUCUUCUGGGGGCCUCCGAGCAAGAUGCAGAAGCCCCAGGGCAGCCUCGUGCGUGUGAUCCAGCGGGCGGGCCUGGCAUUCCCCAACAUGGAAGCAUAUGCCGUCUCUCCCGGCCGCAUGCGCCAAUUUGACGACCUCUUCCGGGGUGAGACGGGCAAGGACAGGGAGAAGUCUCAUUCGUGGUUGAGCACAGGCUGGUUUACCAUGGUGAUUGCGGUGGAGUUGUGUGACCACGUGCACGUCUAUGGCAUGGUCCCCCCCAACUACUGCAGCGGCCCCGCCUCCAGCGCAUGCCCUACCACUACUACGAGCCCAAGGGGCCGGAUGAGUGUGUCACCUACAUCCAGAAUGAGCACAGCCGCAAGGGCAACCACCACCGCUUCAUCACCGAGAAGAAGGUCUUCUCGUCGUGGGCCCAGCUGUACGGCAUCACCUUCUCCCACCCCUCCUGGACCUAGGCCAACCCAGCCUGUGGGACCUCAUGAGGGUCAGAGGAGAUGAGGGCUCCACCCAGCCGCUGGGCCAGAGAUCAUUUUCUGGCCAAUCAAGGCUCACUGGAGUGUCUCCC